AUGGCCUUGAGCUUGAAUGUCUUUCACCUCUUCUAUAAGUUCAAAGUGUUGGUGCUUGUCACUUUGUGUUUGGUGAUGCUGUGGGCCACAUUCAGUUACUUUGUGGACUCCAGACAGGAAAUUUCUAAAGCUAAGAGCAUGGUGGAGGUUUUCAGAAAGGUAACUAGCUUGGAGGACAGUCAAAAGGAAGAGAAGAUGGAAUCAACUGCGAAAGUUCCCACCGUGAAGGCAUUUCAGGGUCACUGCCCAGCUCUGUCUCCGUACCUGCGAGGUGCCAGCAAACUCACCUUCAAAGCAUCUCUCACACUAGAAGAAGUGCAAAAGGAGAACCCUCAGGUAGCCAAGGGCCGGUAUCACCCUGCGGAAUGCUCAGCAUUGCAGCGUGUGGCCAUCCUCAUCCCACACCGCAAUCGAGAGAAGCAUCUGCUGUACCUCCUGGAGCACCUCCACCCCUUCCUGCAGAGGCAGCAGCUGGACUAUGGCAUCUACGUUAUUCACCAGGCUGGCAGCACCAAAUUUAAUCGAGCUAAACUGCUGAAUGUAGGAUACCUAGAGGCCCUAAAAGAAGCAAACUGGGACUGUUUCAUUUUCCAUGAUGUGGAUCUGGUGCCAGAAAAUGACUUUAACAUUUACAUGUGUGACAGACAACCAAAGCACCUUGUAGUUGGCAGGAACAGUACUGGAUACAGGUUACGGUACCAGGGAUAUUUUGGAGGUGUAACUGCUCUAACAAGAGAGCAGUUUUCCAAGGUGAAUGGAUUCUCAAACAGCUACUGGGGUUGGGGUGGAGAAGAUGAUGACCUUCGCAUCAGGGUUGAGAUGCAGAAGAUGAGAGUGGUGAGGCCAUCUGCUGAUGUAGCCAGGUACACAAUGAUCUUCCACAAACGAGACAAUGGUAAUGAGGAGAAUAGAGAGAGGAUGAAGCUUCUACAUCAGGUGUCUAGAACGUGGAAAACAGAUGGGCUGAACUCUUGUUCAUAUAAACUGCUCUCAGUGGAACAUAACCCUUUAUACAUCAACGUCACGGUGGAUUUCAGCGUGCAGCCCAAGGUCUCAUAAGGAUGAGCACCACACAGGUCACAGGAAAUGGCAACAGGUCGUGUUUGUAGUCGCUGUUACAGCAGAUGACUCCUGGCACUCUGCUUGAAGAGUACUUCAGUAGCACAGAAGAAAGUUUUUCUUCACAGCAUCUAACUGAUUGGUUGAGAAUUUCCUUUUCUGAGGAGCAGAGAUGUGGACUGACCUGAGGGAACAGGUCCUCAUGUUCUUCUGUGCACCUUCCGCUGGGACACCUGCCAAAGUGUCCUUGUCUGGGCUGGUCAGGUGGAAGGACU